UUGGAGUUGGAAAUAGCUAUCUCAGUGCAGGUGGAAGUAUUUAAUUCUGCCACAUGUCUAAUGGAGAACUGGCCUAUGCAUAAAACUAUAAAUUACGGCUGUUGAGACUUGGUAGGACUGCUCUCAUCUGAAUCAGUUUUAGAAACAUCUGGGCCCAGGGAUGUAAGCUGGCACUACCCUGGUUGUGCCACCAAACCAUCUUAUGCAAAACGCCUUUCCCACAGGUGGGCUUUAACAAACACCACUUCUUUUGGUGCUUGUCGGUGCCUUUCUUCACUUCUUCCUCUUCACCAGCUGUCAGUUUGCUAGAUGAUUUCUGAAUGUGGCAGGUGGGUACAAUUUGCUUUCGUGACUGUUGCAGCAGCUCACACCAAAUCCCACUUACUGCCCUUUUGGGAGGUGCAGAAUUAGGUGCUGGUGGGCAGAGUCCUGUGGAGCAGCAAUUAAUUUAAGGGGGUUGAGGCUGGGUGUCCUAGAGUACAGCUGAUGGAAGCUGGAGGUCAGUGCCAGAUCCUCAGCACUCAGGAAACUUCAUGUGGUCUCUGGCAAGGGUGAUAACUCUCACCAGCCAACUUGGGUCUGAGCAGUGCUGCCUUAAGUGUGGGACUGUUUAACCCCAAGGGGAAGAAGCAGGAAGCAGCAUUCUGGAAAGAAGCACUAGGGAGGGCUCCUCCUGCCUGGAGGAAGGCAGUAAGCAUCUCAUGAAUGGUAAGUUGCUGUGGCAUGAAGGGAGAAACACAGCAUCUGGACAAAACAUAAGACACACAGAGCACUAUGUCACUGGCAUCGUGGUUCAGGUGGAAUGAACCCCCAAACCGCAUUUCCCAGAGGAACCCCACAGAAAUGGUGGUUGAGACACUAAUGAUGGAGCUAAGCUGGCAGACCAAGCAGGCAGAGAAGCAGCAGCGAGAGCGGGAGAACGAGUAUCGCAAGAUCAAGACUGGAGUGGACUAUGGCUGGCUGGUCAGCUAUCCAAAGCAGAGCUAUGAUAUCAGCCCAGGAGAACGGCUGCAGCUGGAGGAUAUGUGUGCCAAAAUACCUCCUUCCUACUGUGGGCCUGUCAUACUCAGGUUCCGGCAACUCAUUGCUGAAUAUGAACCAGAAGUGCAGGAAGUAUCCCGGCUCUUCCGCUCUGUCCUGCAGGAAGCUGCUGAGAAGAUCAAAGAGGAGGAAGAGGCCAAGAAGCUUGCCAAGCAAUGGAACACAAAGAACAAAACCAGUCUUUCCUUAACAACAUUUAAAUCUCGGUCCAGGAUUUCCCCAUUCAUCAGUGACAUCAAGACCAUCUCUGAGGAUGUGGAACGAGGCACCCAACCUACCAGAAGGGUUUGGAGCAUGCCAGAAUUUCGGAAUACCAAGGAUUACUGACUCUAUACUGAAUACGGUUUUUAGACAGUGAUCUUUCAAAAUCCCAGUUAACCCUUUUUUAGCUUUGUUUCUUCUUUGUUCCAGCUCUCUCUUCCUGCCUGUCUCUCUUGGAAGCUGUGUCCAUAGUAACUGCUACUGAUGCCCGCAGUGUGUGACACAAUUUAUUACCAAACAUACUAGCCUUUCCUUUAAUUUAGUAGCUAUUCAGUAACCUAAGGGCAAGGCUCACUUACUAUCUCAUUUUUAUUACUGCUUUCUUGUGGAAAAUGAAUUAGUUCUGUGAUGUCUGUCUUUUCCCUUUCCCCCCUAGCCUGGAUGCAGUUAUCUAUAAAAGCUUUUGGCCCAAGCUAGCGAGAGCUGCUGGCUGGACCAAUCUUGCUGAAAGCAAGAGAGCCACUUACAGAACUAAAGCUUGCAGGAUCAGGCCUGUGAGUUAAAGCUACUAUCUGAUUUGGAACUGAACUUCCUUUUCCAACUAAUAACCUUCCUCAAUGCCACAAGAAACUUCACACGUAACCUUGGCACUGCUCUUGAUCAGCUUUUUGCUGACAAUUCACAAUCCAACCUGAGUAGAAACAGACCCAAGCUUUUUGAAAUGAGAGACCAAUAUUAUUCCACAGCAACCAGUUUAUGCAUGCUCAGGUUUCUUGGGUAUUUCCUCUUUUGUGCAGGCAGAACCCCCUGAACCUUGCACCUGCACAGUAUAUAGAAAUGUAACAACCUGCUGUGUAAAUAUACUGGCGGAUACAUCAGUGCUGUGUCAAAUGCUGGUCUUGGUCCUCAGUGUUCUGUGUUGCUGAGGUACGUGCUCCACCCCACAUCCCAGUAAUGUCAGUGGGCUGAAAAUGAUGUUUAUGGCUAAGCCUGAAAGAGUACUAAAGUAUAUUAUAAAUGUACAGAGAAGGGUGAAGGGAACUGGCAGUCAUCCACAGGGCUCUGUGCACAGCUGAAAUAGUUUUAACAAGCUGCUGCUGUGAGUGACUAAAAGGCUCUGGUAGGUGAAGGUUUGUUCUCUCAGUCUUGUCUCACGCAUGCUGAGAAGAGAGCUUUCCAGUAUCACAGGCUGUUGGCCUGUGAGUUGAUACCAUUACAAAAGAAUCUUUAGUGCAAACUCAGUAGCUUGUAGGCCAGCAUGGUUCUGCUGAGACCUUGAAGAAACAGGAAAAUGCCACUGAGGAAAAGCUACUAGGGCCCUAACUCAGCAUCUGUAGGGAGAGCUCUCACCAGCAAAGAAAAUAGAGCACUGUGAAAGUUGUGAGUUCUGUAGAGCCACCAAAGGCUAGGAUGCUUUGUGGUGACCAAUGGGAGACAGGGAAGGAAGGGAGCGAUUUCCCUGUGUGACUGGGUUUUGGGGAACUAUCCCAGUGGGGUAUAGCCUCCUGGAGGACCUUGUAGUUUUGUUGUUCUUUUGUCAGUUUCCGACUCUUUUCCCUGGGGAUCUUUGCAGCAGCAUGUGGGUACUACACCCAAGAUAAAACCCUCUGAAGCUGUGCCAACUCUGGGAAUAAUUCCAGUCCAUGAAAUCUGUCCUAGAGUAGAAAUGUGCAGUUUCUUCCAGAGAUGGGGCAGGGCAGCAUAAAACAAAGAUCAAGAUCAAACCCUUAAGAGCUCUCUAAGACUCUAGGAUCCUGGCUCUUCCUCUCUCCCCUCUGGUCUAUCUAAGACCGAAGACAAGGCUUUCUUCCUAGCACCAGGUUGUAGCUGGUAAACACUGCUGCCAGCAACCCUCCUAGGGAUAGAAAGCAGAAGCUCACUUUUAAUUAAAAUCUCAGGGCUUCCAAAACCAGCAUCCAGUUUGGGAGGGACUAUUUCAACUCUAAAUCAACAAGGGAGAGUUUAAAGCCUUCUGACAAUCGGUUUAGUGUUUUUCAGCUGUAUGUCCUUGUGAAGUAAUGUGAUUGUGUAUAUGAAGUAAAAAAAGGCUUGACAUACUUAGCAUAGCCUUAGCUGUCUAGAAGAGGUGGACUCUAGCAAGGGAUCACCACAAUUUGCAGAAAAAUUCUUCUUUGGAAAAGAGUCAACCAUUUUUUUUUUUUAAUGUAUUCGUAAGCCACUGUAUGGUACUGAAGGCUGAGAUCAAGAAUUUCAUGCUACAGCUCUGUAGCCAUUUUAUUUGCACUCACGUUCUAUUUAACACCUUCAGUAUUGACUGUAUUGAUGCAAUAUUUGAUGGACUGCUGGGAGAGAUAGGACAUUCUGACACAUUGACAUAAAGCUCUUUGUUACAGUACAGCACCUGUAAUGUUCUCACUCUUUCUUAAGGAGAAUGAGGACUAACUAACUUCAUGACAGCACAUACAAAGCCAAGGAAAUCACCUGAAGGGUGUUCACACUACCACAGGAACCUGUGAUCAUACUGUGUCCUUCAUUAACAACCUCCAGCUAGCAGAUACCAUUCUCAUUUAACAGCCAGCAAAGGAGACAAAUCUGACCUUUGGCCAAAGCCAUGGCUGUGGCAGUGCCUGUGACAGCUGUUUCACCUUAACUUACAUUUUAUUGUGGAAGUAGAAAUUAUAGGUAAUCCAAACUUUUAAACAGUAUAAUUCUCCUGUACCUCUUCUGAAAGUUACACUGGGCUCAUAGUACUAUCUGAUAGUAAAGGGAUAUUCAGAUACCAAGCUAUGAGGUUUCUAUUCUUACUACAUGCUAGCUAGUACUCUUAAAGGUAUAGAAGUAACAUCAUGUUUGCCUGUAGCCAGCUGCUUGGAGACUGACUUUGACUUCUGCACUAUGUGUGCACCAGCAGGUACUGAAGCAGAGCUGGGGAGGUGAUUAAGAUGCAUGACUGCUGCACUGUGCUUGUGGUGAUCGUUUUUCUUAGGAAUGCUGUAGACUGAGCAACAAAUGAUCCUUUGGUCACAGCAUGCAGCGACAACUACCUACCCAUGUUUGUCUUGUAUUAAUUCCACAUUCAGUUUAGAUCAGGACCAUGCAACUCCUGAUUGUCCUUACCUACUGUGCUACAGUCCAUGGCACUGGGCAGGCACAGUGGGCAGAGCAGAUUGCUUUUGGAUGAAGCAAACCCAAAUGAUCCAUUACAGCUGGCUCACAGACCAUAAAACUGGACUAAUGCUGGUAUGAAGUCAUGAAACUUGUAUAUGUGAACAUCAGGUCCUCACUGACAACUGUCUGACUCUGCUCCUCCUGGGCUGCACUAUUUGCUAGUGUAGAAAAAAAACCAACCACUUCUACACAGGCCUGAUGAGACUCUGAUCUGUUCUUUGCCUCUCCUGAGAGCUAGUCCAGUGUCUUAAUUCUUUAAGAAGAAUAAAAAGUGAAAUGGCAGCACUUCAUUAACAAACAAGUGAUCUGAACAAGAAGCAUUCUAAAUCAUUCUCUGAAAACUGAGCAAGGAUUUUGGUAUCAGCCCCGAGCAUUGCUAUUGCCCCAUUGCUGACAGUGCUGUGCUGUCCAAAGGACAUAAUUUCACCCAGGAAAAAGCAGUCCUAGACUUACUAUACAUUCUAACAAGUAAUGGCAACACCUGUAGCAGCUCAGCUGCACUGCUUACCUUCAAGGAGCUGAUGGUUACUGCUCACCUGAGAGAUACUGUGCAGCCCUGCUUCUAUGGCUUCUACAGCUGUGUCUGGCCCACAGGCUGUGGUAGCCAGCAAAGGUGUGCAGGAGGUGAGGUUCCUCAUCUGUAUCAGGAUACAGUUCAGACAGCCAUCACACUGUGGAGAAUUGGAGUAACCUUUGCAGAAAAUAACCUGUCUUCUGAGAUUUGCACUGUUUAUACAUUUCAUCAUGGAAACUGCAAGAAUUAAAGCAAAGCUGUGAAAUAUAAAACAAUUUUUUGUGCUUGUUUUUAAUAAAAGAUCUCCUGAAAUGUAA